AUUGAUUUGUUUACUUAAUUCUAGUGGUAUUUAUGGUUUUUAUGAAUUAAAAAAUUGGUGUGUCAAAUUUUCUUUUUCAAAGUAUUCAAAAAUCAAGAUAAAUUGCAAAACGAUAGGCUAUUUUAAUUAAAUUGGAUACUAAAAUCUAUUGCGAAGAGUUUUUAAAUGUAGUGCACUGCAAAUAAACCAUGCCGAUGCCAAAACCAGAAUGGGAUCCGACCGACAGUGCUGAUGGAGGUACACUUUCCUUCACUGCAUCUACACGCAUAAAGCGAGACCUUCGCUGUAUUUUCAAUGAUCCGCCUGCGGGGAUAUUUGUUGUAGGAGACGAAUCAAAUUUAAGAAUAGUUCACGCCAUCAUAUUCGGAGUUGUAGAUACCCCUUAUGAAGGCGGAUUUUUCUAUUUCAUUUUGAGAUGCCCCAAUGAUUACCCAAUACAUCCUCCUAAAGUAAAAUUAAUGACCACUAAUGCGGGAAGAGUACGGUUUAAUCCAAAUUUGUAUAAAAGUGGUAAAGUUUGUUUAAGUAUUUUGGGAACUUGGGAAGGGCCUGCCUGGAGCCCAGCGUUGCAACUAUCAAGCUUAUUAAUUUCAAUUCAAAGCUUACUUUGCGAAAAUCCAUACUUCAAUGAGCCUGGAUUUGUUAAGGAGCAUGUACCGGGCGACUCCAAACGAUAUAACGAGUAUAUUCGACACGAAACAUUGCGAGUUGCGGUAUGCGGAAUGAUAGAAAACGAAUGCCAUUUAAAUAUUCCAAGCAAACUACGGGAAAUAAUGGAGAAAACGUUUCUAGAGUUUUACGAUCAGUAUGUUGAAAUCAUAAAGGCUAACAUACAUUUACAUGGGACGGAAUUGAUCGAUCCGUUCAGUAAGGGUAGGUUUGUAUGCCAAUACAAAGCCUUGUUGACUAGGUUGGAGAAAAUUAAAGGCAACUUGAUGCCACAAAGUGAAUCUGUUUCAAAACAGGCAUCUUGUAGUUCGGCAGGUGAUAAUGGAAACGAAGGCAAUCUCACGGUAGAUGCUCGAUAAUGGUUUAAAUCCAGGAUCGGGCAUGGAAGCUGUAAAAGCAUAUCGGUGGAUUGGAUGGAUUCAACAGCCUACACUGAAUCCACACCCACUUAAAAAUAAACUAGAAACAAUUGAAUAUUACAGUAAUCAGAAUACUUCAAUAAUGGACCCAAUUACAUUUCUGAAUGUGUUAUGAAUGUUUCAUAAUCAUCACAAUUUCGAUGUGCAGUUUGCAGUGCGUACCGAAUCACUAGAGUCCUUAUUUUACCUCAAAGUUCAGAUGUAAUAUGUGUAGUGACAAUUGCCUAUAUAACGGGCGAUCAAAAAUGAGAUGCUGUCGAGUCGCCUUUGGAAGUUCAAGU